UAAUAAGUUUGAAGCAUUGUUAUAUAUUUCUUAUAUAUUUAUACUUCUAUUAGUUUUAUGAUAAAGUAUGUUAUAAAAAAUAUAUUAUUAUUAUUUAAAAUUAAAUUAAAUUAUAUAUAAUUGUAUAUAGUUAUAUAUAAAAUUUUUAUUUGAUAUAUAAAAAUAUAUAAACAUAUAAGUAAAUAAUUAUAAAAAAAAUAUUUAAUAGUUAUUUUAUUGUGAUGAUUUGUAAAUUUUAAAUUUAUAAAAAUAAAAAUUAAAAUGAUAAAAUUUUUAAUAUGUUCAUUUAAAUAUUAUAUUUAUAUUUUUAUACAUCAUAAGAAUUUUUAUUUAAUGAAUUUUAUUAAUAAAAUAGGUAACUACUUAUUAAAAAAAUGAUAAAAAUACUGGAAGAAAUUAACCUUGAAAAUUAUACUCUAAUACUUCCUUCAGUGGCUGUUGGAAAUAUUGGACAAUUAUGCAUUGAUUUGUUAAUAUCUAAUUUAAAUUUGCACAAAAUUGGAAGUUUAUGGAAUUCUAUGUUUCUCCCAAUCUGUGGACUUAAUCCUUAUGAUAAAAAUUCUAAUUCUCUUUGUACUACUGGUGACUUUUAUGUUGGAACAUAUAACAUAAUUCUUUUACAAUUACGUUCACCUUAUGUUGGUAAUUUAAAUAAUUUCUUUGAUGAAUUAAUACAAUUUAUUCAACAUAAAAAAAUUUGCAAGAUAAUAAUUUUAACCAGCAGUUAUGAUUACGAGUGCAUAAAUGGAUCAGAAACUAAAAGCUUAAGAUAUCUUUCUUCAGAUAAUUUUUUAUUAAAUAAUGAGAAACUUCUUAAAAUUCUUUCUUGGAAAAGACAUAUAAAAAAUAUAACAAAGGAUUCUAUAGAAGAAUGUUACAUUUCAGGUGGUGGAUUUGCAAAUAGUUUUUACAAGCAUCUCAAAUCAAUGGAAAUUUGUUGUACAAUACUUUUUUGUUAUUGCUCAGAAGGAGAUAAUGUUUCCGAUGCAUUAGUACUUUUCAAUGGAUUGAAUGAAUGGUUGAAUUUAAUAAGUGAUAUUGAUAAUAACAGUAUUAAAUAUCCACCUUCUUGGGAAUAUUUUUUCGGCAAUCCACCUUCUUCUGAUAUAUAUUAAAUUUUAUAUUUCAUUAAUUAUAUUUCAUAAAUAGUUUUGAUGUAUUUUAAAAAUAAAUUAGAUAAAAAUUAA